AUGCAGCAAGUUGUGAUCUGCCAAGCUACUGGUCAGCCCACACCAACCAUCACGUGGCGAAAAGCAUUCGGUCACAUGUCAAAGGAAAGAUCAAAAGUUCUCAAUGGCAGACUGGAAAUAACCCGUGUGACUAAAACCGAUGGUGGAGACUACAUAUGUUCUGCAAAGAACAUUCUUAACGAGGACUCCACCCGUACACAAGUCAUCGUGUUGGAAAAACUAAAGUUUACAUUAUUCCCUCCCUUUAAAGGUUUAACCAUACCCUCAGUAAAUGUGUUAUUGACUUGCGAAGCACAAGGAGCAAGAGAGAUUGUGUGGCAGCGGACAGGCCAAGGUCUGCCUUCGGGUCACGUAGUUUAUUCAAAUGGCUCCCUGCUUCUUAAAAAUGUUUCCCCGACUGAUGCUGGAACCUACAAUUGCAUUGCGAGAAAUUUUUAUCGCUCCAUAACAGCUAUAACUGUGCUUGAAGUUCGAAAGCUAACCUCUUGUAGCGAAAUAAAAGCCCACAAUAGAGGUGCAUCUUCAGGUACUUAUACGAUUGACCCUGACGACAAAGGAAGCGUGACACCCUUCAGCGUGUACUGUGACAUGACUGACAAAGGUGGGGUUGGUGUGACGGUUAUCAGUCAUGAUAGUGAGAGAAGAACUUAUGUUGGGAAAAAUCCUGGAUGUGUUUUUCCUGGAUGUUACAGUAAAUAUGUGCGAUACACUGGAGUCAGCACCGCUCAGCUAUCAGCACUCACUCGAGUCUCACAGAACUGUGAACAGUUUAUCAAAUUUGAGUGCAAUAAUGACACAACUUUUAUUGAGGAUAAUUAUGCUUGGUGGGUGUCACGUGGUGGAGCACCGAUGAACUACUGGGGAGGAGCUACAGGUCAUGACAAGAUGUGCGCAUGCGGAGUAACAAAUUCUUGUUCCGAUGGUAAAAAGUGUAACUGUCAUAACAUUGGCGGUUCCUGGAGAGAGGACAGCGGUUUGUUGACUGAUAAGUCUGUUCUACCUGUCACACAAAUCAGACUCGGAGACUUGGAUGAACCAGACGAAGAAGGACAUUAG